UUCGUCCCCCUAAAAUGUUCGACAACUCACUUUAAUUUUGGAAUGACGUUUAUUAAAGCUAUGUACUGUAUUACUAUACUGAUCUCCAUCAACACUAGGUAGGCAGGCCACGACAGUGAAACCUAUCAUUGGCAGCCAUAUUAGAUGGAUCUGUGUUUUGCGCUAACAGUUUGUAUUUCUCCCAGUGCACAUUUUUAAUGUGGAACUGGCAUCAAUGUUUUGGGCUGUAUUGGUAGUUGGAUGUUAAGUCCACAGCCUCAUCUUGGAAUUAUUUGUAGGCCUAUCACCUUGUUUUCAAGUUGGAAAUGGAGAACUUCAGAAGUUUAGAAACGCUCACACAAAAACUUCUGGAAAUACCUGAAGGUAAUUUAUAAGCAAAGUUAUAAGGCACAAGUUUUCUGGUGACAGUUCACAAGCUAGCAAGAUUUUUAUCAGUGCUUACUGUAGACUAGGCUAACUGUAUAGUUAGUAUAGUAUAUAGUAUAGUAUCACCCAAGUUAGUCAGCUCACCACUUUUAGACAAACUGUGAGGUUAAACAAGAGUAAAGAAAAUGUUUUCUUCAUUAAAUAAAGUUCUUUAAAGUAUCUGGUGUUUGCCAUUAAUGUGUGGUGAACAGCCCACUGCCAAGGCUCAUAUCAAUAGCUCAGUUUCCAUCCAACUCAUUUCCCUGACAUAUGUCUGAAAUGUCACCUAUGGUGUUGUUGCCAAUGUCAGAUUCUUUUCUUUAAAGCUAUGUUCAGCCAACUUGUAACUUGGUGGUGUUACGUAGGCUGUAUUUUCUUGCCACAGCAAACUCAUUAAGCUAAUAGGCUAGCAUAUUUUGUGAAGGAGCUGAAAUUGAGCAGCAAAGGUAACAUAGAACUGAGUACAGACAUAACAUAGAAGGUAAUAUAGAACAGAGUAUAGACAUAGAUGGGCUAGCAUGUCUUAAUAAUGCUAAUGUUAUAUAUGUUUUUCUACUGAGAAAAGGCUUAGCCAGCUUAGCUAACCUUUUGCUUAAAGCCAGGUUAUGCAGACCAUUUUUAGUGUAUUGUAGUCAAGGCUUUUCUUUGGCGCUCGUGCCAUUUAUUCAUACGUAGGACAAGUAACACAGAGCAAAGGAAAGCUCAGGGAUCUAUACGCAGAUACAGGUUACAUGGUAAGGGUAGACGUAGACGCUAGUAAAGGGGGAAACUACAAAGGACAUUUACAUGGUACACACUGAUUUCUAAUCAUUAACAGAGGAUCUAUGUUGUACAUUAACUAAAGCAGGGGAGAAAGAGUACAUGGUACGGUUGAACAUUUAACACAAAUUCUAUCUUACUCAUUUCUAACAAUAUUCGCAUGGGAUUAUGGGUCAAAACAGGGAGCUCAUUCACACAACCAAAGAGUCAUGGCGUCCCCACAGUGGUCUGCCUCAACGCUGUUGGCUUUAUUGAUCCUUCUUUACUGGACGACGUCCUCCGCUUGGUCACAUUCCUCCACCGACCGUUCAGCCCUCCACAGGAUCGCGAGAGACCUGGAUUUCGAGACCAGACAGAAAACAGAAAAAGUCCUAGAAACUGCAACAAACUCUCUGUCUCUACUUAAUGAUGUGAUGGGAAAGAUUGACACAAAUAGCUUGAAAAGUAUGAUGAAGAACCUUGCCAACUUUGCCAGUUUGGCGCCUGGCGUCGGAGCUGUGAUCUCCUCUGUCAUCAACACGGUCUUGGUCUUCAUCCCGCAAGAAGACCCAGUGCUGACCAAGCUUGAUUUAGGGUUUGCUGAAGUGAACAGGAAGCUGGACUCUCUCUCCACCCAGAUCUCUGACCUGGCAACGGACGUGGAAUGGUUCAACUACAUUAGUGUCUACUCUCAAGAUGAACUCCGCAUCCUCAACACCUGGAGGAAGUUUGAGGAGCUUUUUAAAAAGAAGAGGUCUAACGACUUUAACAGCUUGGCUGGGAUCUUUACCAACUACUAUGAAUACACACAAACUGAGGCCAGUGUGGCCAACCUUUACCACUACCUGACGGUCAAGACCACAUCUCUCAGUGGAAAUCUCAACGACAUGCUGAAGAGGAAGUUUAAAUGUGACUUAAGUCAGAUCUACAAGUAUAAUUUUCAUUUCAGUGGUUUGCUGUGGAAGGGAUUAGUACUUAAAGAGGGUUACCUGAAACUGAUUGGUUUUGACACAGCAGGCCAAGAAGCUGAACAUGCCCAGAUGUUCAAGAACGUCCAUGAAGUUCAGCGGGCAGUUGUGGAGCACUGCCUGGACAACAGUGAGAAGUAUGCGAGGGAUGACGUGGAGGAGAUCGCCAAAAAGAACAGUCCUGAGAAAAAGGAAGAGAUCGCUAAGAAGGUGAAAGAUGCUCUGGACAAGAAGUACAACUGGUACAACUGGGUGGUGCUGGUGUAUGACAAAAAGCAAGAAGAUGAUAAAUAUAUAUAUGUAUAUGAUAUGACUAAGAUCCCCAUAUCAGACAGUGUCAUUGUGGCUGUCACCUACACCCUGAAAGCAGGUUCAAAAGAAGAGAAGGAAACUGAAGGAUUAGUUACAAAACUGGUUGAAGAAUGUUUUAAUGAAAAGAACAAAUGUCAGCUUGAUUGCAGCUAUUUUCCUUGGGGAUUUGAGAAUGGACUUACUGAAACAACAUUUCUUAAAGAUUUUGCCAAAGUAACAAUCGCUACAUAUAAUAAGGAAUUUGUAGUGUUUCCCCUACCAGCGUAUCGACGGAAAUGUUUAAUAAAAAGUGAUAAAUAUGACAUUUUUGUGCAUAAUUCCAAGAAGUUGCAAGUCUGCAAACAUAACCCAUGUCAGAACAAUGGUCAGUGCAAGCAGCUGCUGAAAUCCAAUGAAUGGCUGUGUGUUUGUCAAGACGGUUACUAUGGAGACACAUGUGACAAGAAAAUGAACAUAAAAAUGCCCCUGAACAUUAUCACCACCAUCACCACUACAAAAGCCAGACUGAAAAGCAUUGAGUCCAAACUGGAUCAUAUUAUGAAGAGAUGUUGGGGUUGAUAUCAGUUGAUAUAGAGUUCUUUACACAACCAUCAGAUGGCACCAAAGUAAAAAAGAAGUUUUACACAUAGCACCUAUUGUCUGCUGCUCACUAAUGUCUGAAUCAUAAAUGGAGUUAUGGCAAAACUGAAGUUUGAGGAAAGACCAUGCCUUAACUCCUCCUUCCCAAUUCCAGCUUCCUAUAGAUACCAGUCCUUCACUCCUCCUACUCGUGACGAAUUUUGCACCCCAUCUCUUCCCCUUUUCUCCUCCACCUUGUCCACGCCUGCACUUAAUCUUUAAUAUAGGGGGUCGGCCUUCUCGUGACCCACAGAAGCCAUACUGAACUCCAGCCCAAAAUUCCUCAGAGUUCUCCUCCUCUCAUUAUCUCACUUACCAAGGCGUGGUCUGCAUUCGCAAACAGCUGUUAGAAGCUGAUAAUGUCGGAUGCUCUGGUUUUUGCUUUUUCUGCUGUUCCAACAUGGUAAAAAAAAUGUACAGACAUGUUGCACAUCAUAUUGCAAAUCAUGACAGUUUUUACAUUUUUCAAAACCAUUUAUUCAGCGGUCAUAAAUCUCUGAAUCUAUAUUGGUGUUGGUAUUUUUUUAAUUAACAGAUUAAAACAAUAAAAUGUUUUGCAAGUUUUAAUGGAAAAUCAUUAAAGUUAACUUGGUUAAAUAGGUUUCUGAUAAAUGUUUCAAGUAGAUUAUGUUAAAAUGUUAAAUUGGCUAAAAAUCCCACGUAAUUUCACAGUUAUUAACAUCAAGUGUCACCCAGAUUGCACUGCAAACUGUUCUGUGCUUGCCUUUGAUCUGGAAAUAUGAUAUUAAUUAUCUUGUUUUAAAGGGUUAUUUACUAGUUUCAAUCUUUGAAUUCACAUUAUAUUCUUAAAUAAGUCUUUUUUACCUAAAUUAGUCAGGAAAUCUUAUAAUUGAAUAAUUGAAUAAUUUACUAAUAAGAUACUUUAGACUGAGUACCAUUCGAUACCAUUCACAGAUUCAGUGACACAAACUCAAGUUCGACUGCUUAAGAUUCACAUAAAAGACAUAUUAAAAAACACUUUUUUAUUCAGUGCCAAUGGCCCGACAUGCUUCACCUACCAGGAAAUGAAAGGACAUGCUUAUUUUCACUCGAACUUAGUGAUUCCAGCUUCUCAGAAAUGUAAUGUCACUUUAUCUUUUAUUUCUUGUUGUUGUGCACCUGUGCCUGACUAGGCCAGCUAGGACAUCCAGUUUUUCUUCAGUCUCCUCUGCUGAGGGCUCUUAAUUUCCUGUUAUCAGGUUUAGUCUCAUUUCAUUUCAAAAUAUUUUUCUCUCUGAUGUUUAAACAGUGGAACCUCUUGUUCUUUAAAAGGUCAAAUGUAACCUCUCUCUCUCUCUCUCUCUCUCUCUCUCUC